GCAGCUUGGGGAACAGCGACCACAGAGCCUUCCAAAGAGUCGCGGCUGCUGCUGCAAGCAGCCGCAAGGAAGCAUUUAUUCGAUGCAAGGCAGCCCAAGGCAGCCUUCUUCUGCAGGCGAGCCAACAGCAGCACCCCUGGCAUCCAGCAACUCGGCCGGCCAUGGCGACCGAGCGCAGCAGCCGCGGCAGCAGCCGGAGGGGGCGCACACCGCGGUGCCGAUGCCUCCAGAGCCGCCGGUGCCGCCCUUCGGCGUGUCGCGUUCGCAGCUGUUCGCGCUGAAUGACGCCAAGGACACGGACGGCCUGAGAGCGCUAGGCGGCGCGCCGAGACUCGCGCGGCUGCUGCUGUGUGACCUUAAGGAGGGCAUCAAUGGCGCGGAUGCCGACGAGGAAGACCGGCACGGCUCCGGAAGACACGCUAGCAGCAGCUUGGGCAAGCAUGCUGCAAAACAGGGUGGAGCAGCAGCAGACGGCGUUAGCGGCGGCGUGACGAUGCCAGCGCCGUCCAUCGCGGAGCGCGUCAAGGUGUACGGCGCCAACGAGAUGGCUGCUGUGCCGCCCAAGUCGCUGCUGGCGCUCAUAUGGGACAACCUGCAGGACCCCAUACUGCUGCUGCUGAUUGCGGCGGCGCUGGUGUCCACAGUGCUGGGGGCGGCCAUUCCUGAGGAGCGGCAUGAGAGCGGCUGGGUGGAGGGCGUGGCCAUCUGGGUGGCCAUAGCGGUGGUGGUGCUGGUGAGCUCCUUCAACGACUACAGCAAGGACCGGCAGUUCGCGGCGCUGAACCGGCAGCGCGACGUCAUCGAGGUCACCGUGGUGCGCGGCGGGGCGGAGGUGCGCGUGCACAACACACAGGUGGUGGUUGGCGACCUGCUGGUGGUGUGUGCGGGUGACAAGGUGGCGGCGGACGGCGUGCUGGCGGUGCCGGGGCUGGACCGCGGCGGGCUGCUGGCGGCGGACGAGAGCAGCCUCACCGGGGAGAGCGAGCCGGUCAAGAAGAGCGUGGAGGAGGACCCCUGGGUCAGGUGUGGCACGCAGGUGCAGGAGGGCGGCGGGCGGGUGCUGGUGCUGGCGGUGGGUGGCGACACGGAGUACGGCAGGACGCUGGCCAUUGUGGGCUCUGCGGGCGGGCAGGACACGCCGCUCACCGAGAAGCUGGGGCACCUGGCCAGCGCCAUUGGCAAGAUCGGCGGCGCGGCGGCGGUGGUGUUGUUCAUUGUGUUGAUGGUCAUCUGGAUGGUGCGCAAUCGCGGCUUCCCGAUCAAGAAGAUCAACGAUAGGGGACCCGUGCAGUUCUUCUUGUACUGUGUCACCUUGGUGGUGGUGGCGGUGCCGGAGGGCCUGCCGCUGGCCGUGACAAUCAGCCUGGCGUACAGCAUGAGGCAGAUGAUGGACGACCAGUGCUUUGUGCGGGUGCUGGAGGCGUGUGAGACCAUGGGUGGCUGCACCGCCAUCUGCUCCGACAAGACCGGCACACUCACGCAAAACCGCAUGACGGUGGUGGAGGGCUGGAUCGCGCCCGGGACCAAGUUCAGCAGGGCGCCGCGUGCCGCUGAGGUCCCACGCCCGCUGCUUGACGACCUGCGCCGCGGCAUCGCACUGAACUCCAGGGCUUUCCUGGUCGAACCUGCUGCUGCCGCUCGUGGCGGCGGCGGCGGCGCAAAGCGCAACCAGACGCCCGGCAAGAAGUCGCCGCCGCCACAUCCACCAGCCCCAGCAGCGGCAGUAGCAGCGCCGCGGCUGUCGCAGCCACCCUCCCUCAACACAGCCGCCCCCUCCCGCGCAAGCAGCACCAGCGCCAGCGUCGCCGCAGCCAGUCGCAUGACUCUGGCCGGCAGUAGCGUUGCCGGCGGCGGCGACUCCUCUGCUACAGCCGCCGCCGUGGCAGCGGCGCCGUACGGCGUUGACGGCGUUACCGGACUGGAGGCGGCGGCGGCGGGGGACCAGGAGCUCGGACUUGAAGACGUGUCGAACAAGAGCAGUGGCAGCAGGAGCCGGCGGAAGGCAUUUGGUGGCACCAACAAUGCUGCUGCUGGGCGCAUGCGCAGCUAUCAUCGAGGUGGUGGCGGCGAUGGUGGCGGCGCGAAGGGGGCCGCCGCCUGGCACGAGCGCGCGCCGGCGAGCUGGCUGCUGCUGCGCCCCUGUUGGCGCGCCCUCGCCCACCUGUGUGUCGGCAUCGUGCACUGCCUCCCGCCGCACGCCGCCGGCGCCGCCGGCUUCGGCGGCCGCACUGCCUCUGCCGUCAGCGACGACGGCGAGGCCUCGGAGCAUGACGGUGCUGACGGCGCCAUCGCUGACGGCGGCGGCGGCGGCGGCGGCGCCGGUGUGGGCGAGCUGCUGUACGGUGGCGGCGGCGGCGGCGGCGGCGCUGUUGUGGUUCCGCCGCGCAUCCAGAUGGUGGGCAACCGGACCGAGUGCGCGCUGCUGCUGCUCAUGGACUACGCCUGGCGCCAGCAGCAGCCGCAGCAGCCGCCGCCGCCGCCGCCGCAGCAGCAGCAGCAGCAACAGCCGCCACACCCGCAGCAGCAGCAGCAGCAGCAGCAGCAGCAGCAGCAGCAGCAGCAGCAGCAGCAGCAGCAGCAGCAGCAGCAGCAGCAACAGCCGCCACACCCGCAGCAGCCGCAGCAGCAGCACCAGCUUGACGGUGUCACGGCGGCAGCGGACAGCCAUGCAGCAACAGCAGCAGCUGUAGCACCAGCGCCAGCAGCGGCAGGCGGCGGCGAUGAGCCGCAGACGUACGACGCGUUGCGGCGGCUGUACGAGGGCGGCGGGCGGUUGGAGCACGUGUACGGCUUCACCAGUGAAAGCAAGAUGUCCAGUGUGGCGGUACGGCUGCCGGACGGGCGGCUCAGGCUGUACACCAAGGGCGCAGCGGAGUGGGUGCUGCGGCAGUGCACCUCCGUACAGACCUCUGACGGCCGCGGCACGCAGCCACUGGACGAGGUGGCGCGGCAGCUGCUGACGCGGCAGGUGGUGGACGACAUGGCGGCCCGGGGGCUGAGGUGCAUAGGGCUGGCGGCGCGCGACGUGCCGGAGCCCGCGGGUGGAGCGGGUGGCGGCGGCUGGCCCGAGGGGUACUGGGAGGAGGCGCCCGUGGAGGACAUGACCUUGCAGGCGCUGCUGGGCAUUAAGGACCCGGUGCGGCCCGAGGUGCCGGCGGCCGUGGCCACCUGCCAGCGCGCCGGCAUCACCGUGCGCAUGGUCACAGGCGACAACAUCAACACCGCCCGCUUCAUCGCGCGCGAGUGCGGCAUCCUGACCGACACCGCUGGAAGUGACGCUGGUGGGGCGGAUGGCGGCGGCGGCGGCGGCGGCGGGGGUCUGGCGCUGGAGGGUCCGGCGUUUCGGGCGCUGAGCGAUGCGCAGCUGGAUGCGGCGCUACCCCGGCUGCAGGUGUUGGCUCGCUCCUCGCCCUCUGACAAACACCGACUGGUGCGGGCACUGCGGGCGCAGCGCGAGGUGGUGGCGGUCACCGGCGACGGCACCAACGACGCACCGGCGCUCAAGGAGAGCGAUGUGGGGCUGGCCAUGGGCAUCACAGGCACGGAGGUGGCCAAGGAGGCUGCUGACAUUGUGGUGCUGGAUGACAACUUCAGCUCCAUAGUGCGAGCCGUGCUGUGGGGCCGCACCGUGUUCGAGAACAUCCGCAAGUUCGUGGCGUUCCAGCUCACAGUCAACAUCGUGGCCCUGGUGGUGGCGUUUGUGGGCGCCAUCGCGGGCGGCCACCAGCCGCUGACGGUGCUGCAGCUGCUGUGGGUGAACCUGAUCAUGGACACGCUGGCGGCACUGGCGCUCGCCACGGAGCGACCCGACCCGCAGAUCCUGGACCGGGCCCCCUACGGCCGCCGCGAGUCGCUCAUCACCGGCGUCAUGCUGCGCUACAUGCUCAGCCAGGCCGCGUACCAGAUCGCCGUGCUGUUCUUCAUGUUGUACGCGGUGCCUGUGGUGCUGCCGGCCCGCUACGGCGAGGCAGUGGACCCCAACCACACCCGCAGCCUGUCGCUGCUCUUCAACACAUUCAUACUCUGCCAGGUGUUCAACGAGAUCAACAGCCGCCGCAUAUCCGACGAGCUCAACGUCUUCGCGCGCCUGCACCGCAGCCCCAUCUUCUUGGCGGUCCUCGCCGUCACAGUGGGCGCGCAGGUCAUUAUUAUGGAGCUGCUGGGAAGCUUCUUCGAUGUCAAGCCGCUGGAUUGGCGUGAGUGGCUGGUCAGUGUGGCGUUGGGUGCGGUGUCGCUGCCGCUGAGCACUCUAGUGCGGCUGGCGGGUCGCAGCUGGGACCGCCGCCACCGCCCCCAAAGCGGCCGCGGCGCAGCAGCUGCCGCUGGUGCGGCGAUGGAGAGGCGGAGCAGCGGCGCAGAUGGCGAAGGCGGAGCGGCAGGCAGGGGAGGAGGUGGCGGUGGGCCUGGUAGUGGCGGGGGCGGUAAAGGGGUUGGGGCGGAGGUGGAGGAGCAGGAGCAGGAGCAGCACCUCGCGGUGCGGCCAACCGUGGCGCCAGAGCCGGCGGGGUCCCGCGCCGACUGCUGAGGGCACAUGAUGACCGCAUGAUGUCCAGGAUUGACCAGGUACUUGCAGAUGUGCGCGGGGAUGAGCGAAACCGGCGACCGUAGGAAGACGACGCCAUCGUGUCGUGGCUGAGUGCAUGAGUUUUGAGUUUUGAGUCUCUGUCCGUUGUUUGCUGCGCUCCAUUUGAAUAUGGCGAAGUUAAACUAUGACUUAACUGAGGUUGAAUGGGGCAGUGCCUGAUGCUGACGCCUAACAGGGGGGGUGUGUGGGUGUGUGCUGGGGCAUGUCCAUGUUGAGUGGCAGCGAUGCAUGGGCGCGCGCUCUGGCCGAUAAGAUGGGC